UUGUAGCCGAAGAUUUUUAUUUUUGUUUUUUAACAUGAACGUGUUUUUUAUCCGGUUUUUAACGGCCGGUGCUCUCGGACGGUGUCGUGUAGCUCGGAAAAUGAAGGUUUAAAGGCCGUGUGUUUGCUCCAGAGUGUCGGGUUGGCGCAGACUCAGAUCAGAGCAGCGGCUGAGAGCAGCUGAGCACUGCGGUUGUUUCCGAGCAGCACCUUCUCCUCCAACACUUCUCGGACUUCUCCUCGACGACUCCCUCCCCCCACCUCUCCUCUCCUCCAACCUCCUUUUUUUAUUUAAUCUUUUCCUCUAUUUUUAAAUGUGUUCACGCACAUCUCAAAGGGAUUUACACAGAAUUAUAAUCACUAAAAGAAAAUGCCAGCCUCUGUCGCCCCGCUGGGAGGACAGCUGGUGCGGUGAUAGCAUCGUGGAGAGGGGGUGAUGCCCUUGACUUGGGGAGGAGGAGUUAGGAGGAGAAGUGGGGGGGGCACCACCACCACCACCACCAUCUAAUGUACAGAAAGAAGUGACACUGUAACUGUGUGAUCUCCAAUUGGCAGGAGGGUGUCAGGGAUGCGGCGCAUGCUCUGCAAGUUCAUUUCGUCCCUGCCAGCAGCAGCAGCAGCAGCAGCAGCGGUGGCGGCGUCCUGUUGUGCAUCUGCAGGGAGAUCCGUGGCCCUGGAGCAACGCUGGUCAAGCUGAGGAGGCCUGGACGCUCUCCACUUCUGGAUUCAGAUGGUGGCAAGAAGUGUGCAAAUGUGCAGGACAAGAUAAACAAACCCCAGAGGCUGCAGAUAAGCAGAAGCUGUGAGUGUUACUUUCUCAUUGGUUGACAUUGUUGCUUUUGUUUUUUUUUUUUGUUUUUUUGGGGCCUCUUUGUGUGCCAGACUGUAUUUGUGGGAGUAGAUGUUCCUAUUAAUAAUAAAUGUGAUGGGCAGCAGCCCUUGAACUCUUUAGUAGGCUUGGAUCUAGGGCGUUUUUUUUUUCCCGGCUAACUUAAAAAAACAACAAAACUAAGGUGGGAUUGACUGGAAAUAAUGGCCGACCACGAGGAGGCAGAGUUGUCUGAGUCCCUUCAGAAGGAGGAUGGAUUUUCCAGCGAGCAGGAGGAGCCGGGCACGGACUUCAAAUCUAAAAGUUUGCCUAUUUUAAACGAAGAAGGCCCCCAAGAGGAGACCUUACUGGCCAGUUCUGCGUCCAUAACGGCAGAAGAGAGCGCCGAAUUCAUCCAGCUCCCGGCCAAGACCGAGUCCUUUCAGGCGGAGUCCCCGACGAGAACGAACUACCUGCCCAAGCCGGGGAAGUCGGCGCUGAACAGGCCGAGUUCCUACAUGGAGAACACGGAGAUCCGUAGGAGUAAAAACAUGGCGAGGAGGAAGCCCCCGGGGUUUUUCGCUUCCCGGCUGGCUCAGAUUCGUCUGCCCAGCAGGAAGUACCUGGCCGUGAUCCUACAGGACUCUCGCUGCUUCCUGUUCUGCAUGUGCUACCUGACCUUCAUCCAGUCGCUCAUGGUGUCCGGCUACCUCAGCAGCGUCAUCACCACCAUCGAGAAGAGGUACAGCCUGAGGAGCUCCGAGUCCGGCCUCCUCGUCAGCUGUUUCGACAUCGGGAGCCUCGUGGUGGUCGUCUUCAUCAGCUACUUUGGCGGGCGGGGACAGAGGCCUCGCUGGCUGGCGGUGGGCGGGGUGUUCAUCGCCGUGGGCGCCGCCCUCUUCUCGUUACCUCACUUCAUCUCGCCGGCGUACCAGAUCCAGGAGGUCAACUCGUCCUCUGGCAACGAGGGCCUGUGCAUGAACAGCAACGCCAGCGGCAGGGACCGCGUCGACAUCACUUCCUGUCCCAGAGACCAGGAGGGCAACGAGCACAACCUGUACGUGGCGCUGUUCGUCAUCGCGCAGAUCCUGGUGGGCAUGGGAUCCACGCCCAUCUACACGCUGGGACCCACCUACCUGGACGACAACGUGAAGAAGGAGAACGCCUCGCUGUAUCUAGCCAUCAUGUAUGUGAUGGGAGCACUGGGUCCAGCAGCUGGAUACCUGCUGGGAGGAGUCCUCAUCGGCUUUUACGUGGACCCGAAGACUGUUGUCAAUAUCGAUCAAAGCGACCCCCGCUUCAUCGGCAACUGGUGGAGCGGGUUCCUUCUGUGCGCCGUGGCCAUGCUGCUGGUCAUCUUCCCCAUGUUCACCUUCCCCAAGAAGCUGCCACCCCGACACAAGAAGAAGAAGAGGAGAAAAAAGGUUAGCCUCGACGACCUGUCCAGCGAUGACGACGUCCUCAAGGAGAAGAGCAACAACAAGAACCAGACGGUCACCUCAUCCAUGGGCUUCGGAAAAGACAUCAAAGACCUGCCCAAAGCAGCAGUGAGGAUCCUGAGCAACGUGACCUUCUUGUUCGUCAGCCUGUCCUACACGGCAGAAAGCGCCAUAGUCACAGCUUUCAUCACCUUCAUCCCCAAGUUCAUUGAGUCUCAGUUUGGCAUCCCGGCCUCCAGCGCCAGCAUCUACACCGGUGUGAUUAUUGUGCCCAGUGCCGGCGUUGGCAUCGUCCUGGGCGGCUACAUCAUUAAGAAGCUGAAGCUGGGAGCUCGCGAGUCGGCCAAGCUGGCUAUGAUCUGCAGCGGGGUCUCCCUGCUCUGCUUCUCCACGCUGUUCAUCGUGGGCUGCGAGAGCAUCAACCUGGGAGGAAUUAACAUCCCCUACACCACCGGACCUACUCUCACCAUGACCCAGAGGAACCUGACAGGAGGUUGUAAUGUGAACUGUGGCUGUAAAAUCCACGAGUACGCUCCGGUCUGCGGCUCCGAUGGCAUCACGUACUUCAACCCCUGCCUGGCUGGCUGCAGCAGCGUCGCCAACGACAGCACCGGGAUUCGUAACUACUCAGACUGCGCCUGCGUCCAGAGCCGGCAGGUCAUCACGCCGUCGUCCAGCGGUCAGGGCAGCAACCAGCUGCAGCUCGUCAUUGUCAAGACCUACCUGAACGAGAAUGGCUACGCUGUGUCAGGGAAGUGCGACCGCACUUGCAGCACCCUAAUCCCCUUCCUCAUCUUCCUCUUCAUCGUCACGCUCAUCACUGCCUGCGCCCAGCCCUCCGCAAUCAUCGUCACCCUCAGGUCUGUAGCGGAGCAGGAAAGGCCGUUUGCUCUGGGAAUGCAGUUUGUUCUCCUCAGGACUCUCGCCUACAUCCCGACACCCAUUUACUUUGGCGCCGUCAUCGACACCACCUGCAUGUUGUGGCAGCAGGACUGCGGCGUCCACGGCUCCUGCUGGGAGUAUGACGUCACCUCCUUGCGCUUCGUCUACUUUGGCCUCGCCGCCAGCCUCAAGUUCCUCGGCUUCCUCUUCAUCUUCCUCACGUGGUACUCCAUCAAGUACAAGGAGGAGCGGGUGGAGCGCUGGCUCAAGCGCCACCUGUCGCCCGUCGACACCGUGGGCAGCCUCGUCUGCCACCCGGGUGGCCACAAAGGUCAUGCCCGCACCCGCUCCUGCCCCGUCAACAUCCCCCGAACCGACCCCAACGCCCUGCACGCUAACGCUCCGCCACGCGCCGGCCCCCUCAACCGCGGUGUCAGCACCCAGAGUUGCCCUGGCAACGAGCUUAAAGCAAUAACUCCUCCCCCUCCGGCCACGCCGUCUCCUGCACCGCCGCCUGCCCCCGCGCCGGCCCGUUCGCUGGAACACGUUUCAGUCCGAGUCUGAGUUUCAGAAGGGGGCCGAUGAGGCAGGUCUCACCCACUGACAUUUCUUUUAUUCUGAAAUCCAGUCAGCUGGAUUUUAGCUGCUGUCAAAGGCACCAAUUAUCACGUGGAGGUCCUGCUCUCAUCUCACUGUUUUACCAGUCACUCUUGUUGGCUGGUAAAACACUCAGUGGCUUUUAAGUUUUGUCUUCACCACCGGCCUCUGUGGGUCGAAACACCAUCACCUGGAUGUCCUGAUUUACUCAGAACCUCCGGCCCAAUGGUGAAAAGUCGGACUAAUCUGCGGACCAACCAGCCCGGAGACCCUCCUCUGACACGAAAAAAAUCUGCUUGGUUGGUGAAAAUUUUGAAAGCGGCCUGGUGUUUUCUUUGUGAUCCAGCAGCCGGCGCAACAAGCGGACAAAGGCUUAGCUUCCCCACUUUGGAUGUAGGAGAGUUCAUCGCUCAUAAACCCCACCUGCCCCCCGCCCUCCCUCACCUCACCUCACCUCACCUCGGCAAUAUGUGCCUUCUGCCACCACGGUCCUCACAUGAACAGCAUACGUACAAACACACACACACACUGACACACUGGACGUCCCGCAGACAGACUGUGGUCACCCUGUAGGAAUAAGAGUCACCUGAACAGAUACCUCAGCUUCGCCAGUCCUACGGCUUCCCCUUCACCUCUCUAUCUGUGUGCUUCUUCUUUGUUUGUGUUUUUAUUUCUUCACCAUCAUGCGAGCGAUUUUUGUUUUCCGGACACUGCAUAUCGGCGCUCUCACGGAACAAAACAAAGAAGACAAAAAAAAAAAAAAAAACCCUAUGGAAAUGUGAUACACUGCAAUUACGUGUUAGAAACUGGAAACCGAUGGCAUGGUGCUAUGUGAAAAACAAUGUUUAGUGUCCUUUUUUUUUUGUUUUGUUCUUUUUGGUCGUGUUUUUGGGGUUAAAAGCACUUGAAAAGAACCCAACUGGACAACAGGUCACUGGGCUAAUAAGCAGCUUGGCACGCACAGAAUGCAUUCCUGUCCCAUGCAAGGCCUUUUGUUGCUCCCCUGACACAAUGACGCGUAGUAUUACUGCUGGAAGUCGGAUUGUUUGGCUUUUGCCAGCUCCAUACAAUGCAUCCAUACAUCCGAGCUGUUUCCCCUCCUGACUGGCACCCUGAUAAGUAGUUUAACCUGAUAAGUAGUUUAACCUGAAAAGGAACAGGAUCUGCAUUUUCCUCCUGACCACAUUCCUGGCUGGAGUCACCGUGGUCCUCCACACGUCUUGAAGAAUACAGAACGGAAAAACUACGCCUACGUUUUUCGAGGUUGGACUGGGAAGUUGUUCUUAACGGACUGUAUUUCUGACUACUUAACAAGUCUCAAUGAGAGAUAAUCAUCUACCAACACCAACAUCUGUACUGAACAUGUAGGCAGACGUAGUAGACCAUCAACGUAGAGGUCAUAGUAUAGUCUAUUCUUCGUCAGCUCCGGAAAUGAAAGCUGCCGGGGAAUUUUGGGAUGGAUCCUGGGUAGAAAGUUAGUUUCUCGCCCUGCAUCAUAUUGGUUAAUUGUACAACAGUAGUCCCAAUGAUUUAUGGGUAAUGACCUUCAUGCCUAAGAGAAUAGGAUUUGCAGUUUUCUUUGCCACAUUCCAGACCAGACAAGAGUUUGCAUACAUGCAAGUUUAAAGUGUGGAAAACAAAAGAAAGGCAACAGUCUUUCAGGUCGAGAAAAAAAUGAGAAAUUUUAGCAAAAUCACUGGUAAUGUACACAAAUGGCUACCGUUCACUGUUGAGCUGCAGCUAAUGAUUGUUUUCUUAAUCUAUGAAUCUACUUAUUAUUCUUUAAAAUGAAUUAAUUAAUUGCUUGAUCUAAAAAAACAAACUCAAAAAUAAGUGAAAAAAAUAAUUCCCAUCACAGUUCAGAGCCCAAAGUGUGACGUCUUCAAAUGUCUUGUUUUGCUCCAAAAUCCAGAGAUUUUUCAGUUUUCAGUGAUUUAUAAAACAGAAAAACACAGAAAAUGCUCACAUUUACAUAAAUGUUUAGUGUUUUUGCUUGAUAAAAUGUUACAUUUCUGUCAGUCGACUGAUCGCUAAUCAUUCUAACAUUAGAUCAGUCCCCAGUAGUUCAAGUAGUUAAUGUGCAGAAUGAGUCAUUAUUACACUGUAAAAGAAAUCUUCAUCGUAAGUAGUUUUUGUGUGUUAUUGAGCUCUAAAGAUUCUUGUUUUCUUGGUGAAAAAAAAUCUGCCAGAGAAGAAAAAUCAUUGCAGCCUGUUCUUAAAUACAAAUACAUUUUUCAUAGCUGAUCUGGAGCUUUCGACAGCAUCACAUGAUCUUCAUCAGCAGUUGGGAGUUUGCCCCCAUUUCUCCGAGCACAAGGAUUUCUCUUCCGUCGUUGCUCAGAAGUUGAGGUUCAUUCUCGACCUCAGGAAACAGCAGUUGACAAUACACUAGGUCCAUUUAGUAAUUGCUCUGGAGUUUUCAGUCAUAUCUCACGAGCUUCAUUCGAAGAAACCAACCGUCAAGUGUACAAAUCCAUGAUGAUUGGACAAACUGUAUACCUGCUGAUGAAGAUCAUGAGAUGUGAUUGAAACAGAACAGCUGAUGAGUGUUUCUCACAACUCAAAAGGUCAUAAAUUAACUUUGAAGCUCAAAAAAAUCAACUUGUUUCAAAGUUUUAUCUCUAUUUUUAAAGAAGAUUGAUCUCACCGCGCUGGCAGAUUUUAUUCUCUUAUUUUAAGAUCUACAGGACUCAGUAACAAACACAAAAGACUCGAUUAGAUGAGUUUUAUUGCAGUGUAGUGGACGUCACACCAAAAUCUCUACUUUUUUUAAAGGUAAUCUGGCAUUUAAAAAAGGAAGAUGCAUUAUAAUUAUUUGUUUAUGUUUCAGCUGUAACAAUUCAACCACAUUUAAAUCUUCUUAAAUUCAAAAAUUAGUUAGUUGGUAAAAUAGUGAAAACUUUGAGAUUUAGCAGCCUAUGGAAGCAAAGAAAUGUCGUAAUAAUUUGAGUUUUCCUUAUUGUAAAGUUGAACCUCUACUGAAUAACUUAAUGUUUGUGGUUUGAAUUCACAUCUUUGAAACUUGCAAACGAAAUUUAAUUUUUCUUUUUCACAAACUUUUUCUAAUUUUGACCUUAAUUAUGAAAUUUAAUUGAAUUUUUUAAUUUGUUUUUUGAAUAUUAGACACACGUAUGAGUCCUGAAA